UUCAGUAUAUAUACAGUAUUUCAUCGUUAUUUCUGUGUAUUUAUUUGUUUAUGUGGAAUUGUUAUUAAUCUGGCACAUAUUAUUGUUUUAACCAGAAAGAAUAUGCGUUCUUUUGCAAUAAAUACUAUAUUAUCGUUAAUAGCAACUUGUGAUAUAGUGAUUAUGGCUUUUUAUCUAAUUUAUAUUAUUAGAUUUCGAUUUAUUGAUGAUAGCAGCCGAACAAACGGAUAUACUUAUGGAUGGCUGGUUUUCCUACUUAUUCACGUCGUAUCAAGCAUAAUAUUGCAUAGCAUUGAUUUAUACUUAUCUGCAGUUAUGGCUUAUAUAAGAUUGGCUGUAUUAUAUCAACUCAAUUCAAAGUGGAAUAUUUUUUUAAUAAUAUUUUCAAUAAUAUCAGUUUUAUCAAUACCAACGUUCUUGGUUCAUCAAAUAGUACCAAUAGCAGAAGUACAACUUAAUAACGAAAGCGUUACUUUUUAUACAGUUCGGUUAAAUCCACAGGUCACUGGUAAUUCCUGUCGAUUAUUUAAAGCCACUUUGUGGUUAAAUGGAAUUUUUUUCAAGGUAAUUCCAUGCAUUUUAUUGUUUAUUUUCACAGUUUCAUUAAUGUAUAAAUUGAGUAAAAUGAGUGAAAAACGAAUUCUAUUAUUGGGUGGAAAACAUCGGCGACUAGCAAUUGAUAGAACUACAUUAAUACUUAUAAUUUUGCUUUCAAUUUUUUUGUGCACCGAAUUACCUCAAGGAGCACUAGCAAUAUUGAAUGCAGUCUAUACAUCCGAUGUGCAUAAAUAUAUUUACAUAUAUGUUGGAGAAUUACUUGAUUUAUUAUCACUUAUCAACUGUAAUAUCGGUUUUGUCUUAUUUUGUUGUAUGUCAUCGAGGUAUCGAACAACAUUUCAAGAGACAUUUUCUCCUUUUCUAUAUUCAAUUUUUGCUUCGAUAUGUAGGAGACAAUUUAAAUUAAACCUUAGACAAUAG